AUGCAAAAUGUGACUAAUGUUUUAGUCAAUGCCACUUCUAACAAAAGUCUUUCUGUCAUCAUCAAGGUGUGUGUGGUUGUCCCCUUGUUUUGUAUCUUCUUUUUCUGCAUUGUUAUUAUACUGCACAUCUUUGCAUCUCACAGACAGUUCCUGGACACCUCCCGUUACAUCCUGUUUGCCUCCAUGCUCAUCAGUGAUACUUUACAUGUUAUGUUCUCUGUGCUUCUUUUUCUCUUGGUUAUAGCUCAGGUUAAUUUUGCUCUUGGUCUAUGUUUUCCUCUGUUGUUCAUAUCUGCUGCCACUUUUAAGAACACUCCCUUCAUCCUGGCUACCAUGUCACUGGAGCGUUACGUUGCCAUCUUCUAUCCCCUGCAGUGUCCAGCCGCCUGGUGCUCAGAUCGGAUCUGGAUCAUUAUUCUGGUCUUGUGGCUCCUCAGCUGUAUGUUUCCUAUCAUUGAGUACUCUAUAGGGCAGCAUUACCCUGCCGUGGAUGCUUUUUCUAUCCCUGUACGUUGCUAUGCUACAUUCGUCAACUCAUAUCCAAUUCAGGCUUUGUUCAGAACUGCUGUAAAUGUGCUCUGCUUUGCAGUAGUUGCCAUCAUCAUUAUCUUUACAUAUGUCAGAAUCCUCCUGGAAACCCGGAAGAUGAGACAGGAUAACGUGUCUGUGAGUAAAGCUACACACACUGUGCUGCUUCAUGGCUUUCAGCUGCUGCUGUGCAUGUUGGCCUUCACUAGUCCCAUCACUGAAGUGCUCAUGGUACUCCGUGCAGACUGGCCACCAGAUGAAAUUGCUUUUUUCAAUUACUUCUGUUUUACCCUAAUCCCACGUUUUCUUAGUCCACUCAUCUAUGGCUUUAGAGACCAGAGUCUUAGGAGCCACAUUGGUAAAACCUUUCUUUGCUGCCUAAACAAAGUUGAAUGCAGUCCCAGGGGUCAAAUAUCUAACAUGCAAAAUGUGACUAAUGUUUUAGUCAAUGCCACUUCUAACAAAAGUCUUUCUGUCAUCAUCAAGGUGUGUGUGGUUGUCCCCUUGUUUUGUAUCUUCUUUUUCUGCAUUGUUAUUAUACUGCACAUCUUUGCAUCUCACAGACAGUUCCUAGACACCUCCCGUUACAUCCUGUUUGCCUCCAUGCUCAUCAGUGAUACUUUACAUGUCAUGUUCUCUGUGCUUCUCUUUCUCUUGGCCAUGGUUCAGGUUAAAUUUGCUCUUGGUCUGUGUUUUCCUGUGUUGUUCAUAUCUGCUGCCACUUUCCGGUACACACCUUUCAUCCUGGCUACCAUGUCACUGGAGCGUUACGUUGCCAUCCUCUAUCCCCUGCAGUGUCCAGCCGCCUGGUGCUCAGAUCGGAUCUGGAUCAUUAUUCUGGUCUUGUGGCUCCUCAGCUGUAUGUUUCCUAUCAUUGAGUACUCUAUAGGGCAGCAUUAUGCUGAUGCUUUUUCUAUCCUUGUACGUUGCUAUGCUACAUUCGUCAACUCAUAUCCAAUUCAGGCUUUGUUCAGAACUGCUGUAAAUGUGCUCUGCUUUGCAGUAGUGGCCGUCAUCAUUAUCUUUACAUAUGUCAGAAUCCUCCUGGUAACCCGGAAGAUGAGACAGGAUAACGUGUCUGUGAGUAAAGCUACACACACUGUGCUGCUUCAUGGCUUUCAGCUGCUGCUGUGCAUGUUGGCCUUCACUAGUCCCAUCACUGAAACGCUCAUGGUGCUCCGUGCAGACUGGUCACCAGAUGAUAUUGCUUUUUUUAAUUACUUCUGUUUUACCCUAAUCCCACGUUUUCUUAGUCCACUCAUCUAUGGCUUUAGAGACCAGAGUCUCAGGAGCCACAUUGGUAAAACAUUUCUUUGCUGCCUAAACAAAGUUGAAUGCAGUCCCAGGGGUCAAAUGCAAGAAAAUGUGUUUCCUUCUUGA